AUUUCUUCUCUCACUACUUUCAGCUCAAACUGCCAAGUUUAACAAUUAUUUUUUUUUGGGUCAGAUCAUAGAUUAGCUGCUAAAAACAAGGUAGCAAUGAAUGCACCAAUGAGGGAGAGACGAAGGGGAGGGACUUCAAGAACGGAGAGGAAACUUUCUAAAUGACAAGUUAUCAUUGCCAUGAUGAAAGACAGUCCAUCAUCCACCUGGGAGAAUACUCACUAAUAUAUACCAAAAUAUUACUUAAAGUGACUUCAGCGAUGAUUCGACUCCACAAUACUCAGUACUUUCAUUUCCUGCAUCGGGCCAACGCUUUACGCCGCUCAGGUUCAAUGUGCGACACCCUCAUCUCAGUGAAGAACCAAACUUUUCGGGCUCAUCGCCUGGUUCUGGCCUGUGUUAGCAGGCCACUCGAACAGAAAUUCACCCAUGCGGAGACAAAGCAAGAGGUCCACUGUACACUGGAUGAACUCUCACCGAGAACCUUCCAGCAGGUCCUGGACUUUGCCUACAUGCAGAGUGUGGAGGUGUCAAAAGAUGACCUGCAGCAGCUACUUCUAGCUGCUCAGUUUCUAGAAAUGCAAUCACUGGAGGAGCAGUGUCAAUGCCACUUGGAUGCAUUCAGGACCAAGCAGGUAGGACAAAGGCUUGAAGUAACCAGUGGAAGUGAUGACGAGGAGGAGCUCAAUAGACGGACCAAUGAAGAGGAGAAACUCAAAAAAUCUCCUUUGAUUAAAAACAAUAUCAUGGAAAAGACAGAAACAGAAGAGCCAAGAAAACAGUCCACAUUGACAACUUUCAGUAGGGACAGUGUCAUCACCAGCUCAGUCUCCAACUUGUCCUCCUCUGCUUGGACCAUCCCAAGACACAUGUGGAGCUCGGCGAGGAGCCUGAGACGCAUAGCCGAGAAUUACUCCACCUUCAUAGCGGCUCACCCCCGUCAGCCCCCUGUAACACUUGCCUUGCCCGCACCCCAAGUCUUCCCUCUGCAAGGACCCCAUUUCCAGGUCCCCCCUCAGCAUUCUGUCGUAACAGCCUUGCAUUAUGGACAACAUCUUUACUCCCCCACCACUGAGAACAUCAAGGUGGGCUUGCAGGUGACAAGAGUAAAGGCCAGACAGAGGACAGACAAAAUCACUGAGAUCAGCCUGAAAGCUGCAGUUGAGGCUACAGGAAGUCAUACACACAAAGGCCACUAUAUUAGCCGCUCAGUCGUGCACAAAACCAACGUGGCUAAAGAUUGCAAGCACUGCAACUCCUAUCUGCGAUGUGAUCCAGCCUCCUUGACAUCAGGUGAGGCCUGUGCACGUUGUUGCGUCUUUGACUGUGAAUCCCAAUUUAAUGGACAAAACUUGACAGGAGAGAGACCCUACCAGUGCCAACAUUGUCCCAAGAAGUUUAGUCUCAAACACCAACUGGACACGCAUCACCGAAUUCACACAGGUGAGAAACCCUUCGAGUGUCGUCUGUGUGGUCAGCGCUCCCGGGACUUCUCAGCUAUAAUCAAGCACCUACGGACUCACGGCGGGGCGUCCCCUUAUCGGUGCACACUAUGCUUGGAGUUCUGCAGCAGUCUGGUGGCCAUGCAGAGACAUAUCAAGAGCCACCCAGUGCAUGACUUCCCCCCAGACUGGAGCAUCAGGAGCACCUACCUGUACACGUCACACAUCGCUCAACGCUGACAUUUUCCCAAGAGGACUCUUUUAUAUCUUCUUGCGACGUCUGCUAAUUUAGAUGUGGUGACCUGUUAAAAAGUUAAAGGCACAUCCAGGUUUCAUUUUCAAAAUCAGCGGGUGAAAAUUUGAGUAACAUUUCAAUGAUUGUCGAUAAAGUGUGUGGAAACAAAAAGGACGAGAAAAUAAAGUGGUAAACUAACGUAGUUUCCUUCCAAGAGA